CGGCGGCUCGAAGGACGCGUAAGGGUACCCUCGUCCGUAUACGCGCGCAACUCAGUGCCAUUUCGUCCAUCAAAUCCGCCGUGAAAUAUUUUUGUCGGUAUAUUGGGUAACCACCAUCACGCGAUACGCACAGMACGCUUAUUAUUACGACCCGCGAUUUCGUCACGAGUAAUACUUAAACAGCAGCAUGUCAGAAAAACGGACACUCUUGAGCCGUCCCCGGACCCGGGUGUACGACUGCAACUACAACAUCGGCGAGGGUUAUUAUAAGCCAAUGAUGGACCACCUGGACCGCAAGUACUACGGUUCUUCGGCCGCCCCAGCCGCAGCCAAGCCCGCGACCGGAUUCUUCGACUCCAGUCCGAAAAGCCUGUUUGGAACUUCCGGUUCGUCAGCUUUUGACGAGUAUAGAUCUUCGUCACCGGCACGGUCCCGGCUCAGCGGAUCCGACUCCAGAUUGUCGUUACCCGAUGACGAAUUCGAACAAGAGGUGGCCGCAAUGCGCCGGGCUCGUGCCGCCAAGGUGGCAGCUGCCCGGACGGCGUCACUGGAAAAGGACUUCGAGUCGGCGUUCAACGGGUUCGCGUCAGACGGCAAGCCGUUGGCGCGGCUCAACUACACGGAGAAGUUGUUGGACACGGUUGGGCUGAACAGCAGGUCGCAGGAGGCUCUGGAGGACGAGAUCUACAAGAAGAGGACGAAGUCUUUCUUCCAGGACGCGGAGGACGUGGUGGCCACGGCCGAACUGCAUGCCAACAACCGGCGGUCAGCCGCGUUAAAAGCGCAUCUACAGGAGGCGGCUGACGAACAGUCGGCCGGCCAGCUGGCGGCCGAGGCCAGGGCRCGCAAGUCCAAGGCCCGCCUGUUAGACAUACAAAACGAGCUGGACGGCAUCGUAGAACGGGACGCUGCCCGCCAAAAGCGCUCGGCCAAUCUGAAGGCGCUCUUCGCUGACAACGAAGCGCUCACAGAAUCAGUUAGCUCUUUCAAAAAGAAGUCAUCGAAAAAAGUGACAUUUUAAUGGAAUUUAACGUAUUUAAUUUAUUAUUGUUAUAAAUUUAAUGAUAUAUUAAGAGAGAGRAAGAGGUAUAAGAAAGAUGAUCAAAGCAAAUCAGACGUCGUGAUCGCUCACCGUCAUGUCACCUCUAAUCAUUAUACAACUGUUGUUUCUUUUUCCCUCUMUCUAUUCUCUUUACCUCUUCUUUCUCUCCACUCCUCUCUUUUUAUCUUACCCAGAUUCUCUUUCUUUCUCUCUUUUUGUCUUACAAUUUUUUCUCCUCCACGAUAAAGUCUAAUUUAGCAUUACAAAUUUUAACUAAUAGUGUGAUACAUUUUAUUUGGAKUUUUUUUUCGUAWAGWUUUAGAACAUAACGUUUUUAUUGGUCAGAUACUCAGAUUAGUGGAUAUUUAAGCAGAAUAGAACGAACUUUAAUCAAAUUCCUCAAUUAUAAUUGCGUUUUAUAGAUUUGAGUUCAAA